GUCUGAUCUGACUAUAAAAGGGUGGACGCGGGGCGAUUGUUCUCUCUUUUAGGCCAACUUUGGAAAUGUCUCAUCGCAAGUUCUCGGCCCCCAGACACGGUUCUCUGGGCUUCCUGCCCCGCAAGAGGAGCUGCAGACACAGGGGCAAGGUGAAGAGCUUCCCCAAGGAUGAUUCAUCCAAACCCAUCCAUCUGACUGCCUUCCUGGGCUACAAGGCUGGCAUGACCCACAUUGUCCGUGAGGUUGACAGACCUGGUUCAAAGGUGAACAAGAAGGAGGUGGUAGAGGCAGUGACAGUAAUUGAAACUCCUCCAAUGGUAAUCGUUGGUCUUGUUGGCUAUAUUGAGACUCCCCGUGGACUCCGUACCUUUAAGACUGUCUUUGCUGAGCACAUCAGUGAUGAAUGCAAGCGACGCUUCUACAAGAACUGGUACAAAUCAAAGAAGAAGGCUUUCACCAAAUACUGCAAGAAAUGGCAGGAUGAAGAUGGCAAGAAACAGUUGGAGAAGGACUUCAACAGCAUGAAGAAGUACUGCCAGGUUAUUCGCAUCAUUGCUCACACACAGAUGCGCCUGCUCCCUUUGCGUCAGAAGAAGUCUCACAUCAUGGAGAUCCAGCUGAAUGGUGGGACAAUCUCAGAGAAAGUUGAUUGGGCAAGAGAAAAACUGGAACAGCAGGUUGCUGUCAACUUGGUGUUUGGUCAGGAUGAGAUGAUUGAUGUCAUUGGUGUAACUAAAGGCCAUGGCUUCAAAGGGGUCACCAGUCGUUGGCACACAAAGAAGCUGCCAAGGAAGACUCAUAAGGGGCUGCGUAAAGUUGCCUGUAUUGGAGCUUGGCAUCCUGCUCGUGUGGCUUUCUCUGUUGCCCGUGCAGGUCAAAAGGGCUACCACCACCGCACCGAGAUUAACAAGAAGGUCUACAGGAUUGGAGCAGGUUACCAAACCAAGGAUGGCAAGUUAGUGAAGAACAAUGCUUCUACAGAGUAUGACCUGACAGACAAGAGCAUCAACCCCCUGGGAGGAUUUCCUCACUAUGGUGAAGUGACCAAUGACUUUGUGAUGGUGAAAGGUUGUGUUAUUGGUACCAAGAAGCGUGUCCUCACACUGCGCAAGUCCCUAUUGGUGCAGACCAACCGCCGUGCUGCGGAAAAGAUCGACCUGAAGUUCAUCGACACCUCUUCCAAGUUUGGUCAUGGCCGCUUCCAGACCAUUGAGGAGAAGAAGGCAUUUAUGGGACCAUUGAAGAAGGAUCGAAUUGCCAAGGAAGAGACUGCAUAAAUCAAGGGCCAAUUACAUCAGUUGUGAUGUUGAUGCAGUGUUCAAUAAAUUCUUUUUUUUAAGA